AUGCGACCAUCUUCAAACUAUUUCUUAGAAUCUAGCUUGUAUGAUUUCCGUUCCCAGGAAAGAUAUACGCCAAUAUCGGUACACUUUGAGUAUUUUUCCGACGUAAAAGUGUUUGUGGAGGAGACUCUGAAGAAAGGUGUCAAAGGAUUGGUAGCAGAAUUCAAAGGCAUGAAACGUAGCAAUGAUUUCACUGUAAUGACAGCAUUCGUAGCGGAGAUUCCAAAUGGAAGAAAUCGAUAUAAGGAUGUUGGAUGCUUGGAUAAUCGGCGGGUCGUGUUGAACAUUGGCAGCACAUCUUAUAUUCAUGCAAACUACGCUCCGCUCCCAAAGACAUGUCCCGAAUUUUGGUAUAUGGUAGUACAAGAAAAAUCUUCCUCAGUAUUGAUGCUUUGCAAUUUUGUCGAGCAGAACGCAAAGAAAUGUGCGGAGUACUACCCUACUCAAGAAGGCCAAACUCUCCAAUUUGAUGAUGGCGUAAGCGUAUUGUGCAAAGGGCAGGACGAUGUGAGAUCAAAAAGUAACGCUCGGUUCCCAUUCCCUAUGGAAACAAAAGUGAAAAUUCGAGUGACUCAUUUGGAAGUGAGCGUCAGUGGGCAACCAAUGCAUGAAUGCGAUCACUACCAGUGGGUCGACUGGCCAGACCGUGGUGUACCAGAAGCAGAUAUGGCGCCAAUAGCUCUUUUAGCAAAGCUGAAGGAAAGCACAGCACCUAUCAUUGUCCAUUGCUCCGCUGGUAUUGGUCGAACUGGCUGUAUUGUGCUAAUUGAGCAUGCUAUGGAACUGUUGCACAACAACGAACCUUUGCUCGAGAUCAAUGGUUACCUACUGGAAUUACGUAAGCAACGGAACAACAGUAUCCAGACAGAGCAGCAGUAUCUCUAUGUGCAUCAAGUGCUAUUAUUGUAUUUGAAAAAAGCCAAAUAUCUUGAUGAUGUUGUGGAUCCGUAUCUGGAGUCGUUUACAAAAGAUUAUGAGGCAGCCACCAAAGGAUUUUGA